AUGGCCGUUGGUGCUGCCCAAGGUGCGCGCAAGUAUGGACUGGACCAUGCUAGAGAGGGGAACUGCAAGGAGUACGAGCGCAUGACGCAUAAGAAGUUAGUAUCGCAAGCGGCGGCGGAGAAGAAUAAAAUGACGGAUGGCCAAGAGGACGCAACAGAAAAUAUGGUCCUCGGCAGCGAAGACAAAGACGAAGUAAACAUCGUCAACAUCGCGGGUAUUUCAGAGUCGGAUCUCGCCGCCAUCGUGGACCGGGCACAUGCCAGAUCACCAAGAGUCUCGAGAAAAACAGACUCCUCGCCGAUCACAGACGUCUUACCAGCCAUUCCAUCUGCAGGCGCUGUUAUAUCACCGCCCCUACCACAGCACAACAUGUCUACUGAGACAGACAAGCCAUCCCACCCUCCGACGGAGACCGAGGCGGUCCAAUCAUCGUAUCUUCAGUGUGCUACUUCAUCGUCGUCAGCGACUCUGGAACUCCAGCGGAAGGUGACCGCGAAGAAGCCUCGAUUCGAAUCGCCAGGGCGAACGGACCCCAAAACACCCUCAGUGGUUCUUGCCAAGCUGCCAUUUGUGACGACUCGGCGCUCAACUCCGUUGGACUUAUUGGCCGCUGAGCCGAGCUCCUCGGCCGCUCCUUCACAACAGCCUUCCCUGGCAGCUGAAGAAUUCUCACCAGAAUUGACAGCAUUUCAGGCACCCGCUCUUGUAGAGUUUUUUAGGACCAUACGUGUGCCGCUGCAGCACCUUGCCCCUGUGUUCAUUCAGUACGGCUUCUGUCCACGGAGACGCUCGACAUGCUCUGCAUGA